AUGCAGUCGCCGAUGAUUUCGGCGCCGCUGAAGGCUACUAAUGAGAUAGACUGGAUACAGCCGCUGAAAGCAUAUAUUCGAGACACAUAUGGGGACGAUCCGGAGCGGUACGCCGAGGAGUGCGCAACACUGAAUCGUUUGCGGCAGGAUAUGAGGGGUGCGGGGAAAGAUAGUGCUGCUGGACGAGACUUGCUCUAUAGGUAUUAUGGGCAGCUGGAACUGCUGGACCUUCGAUUUCCUGUGGACGAGAACCACAUCAAGAUAUCCUUCACCUGGUUCGAUGCAUUCACGCACAAGCCGACUUCCCAAUAUUCUUUGGCCUACGAGAAGGCAUCGAUAAUCUUCAAUAUAUCCGCCGUGUUGUCAUGCCACGCGGCACACCAGACUCGUUCCGAAGACACCGGUCUCAAGACUGCAUAUCACUCAUUUCAGGCGUCCGCGGGCAUGUUUACAUAUAUCAACGAGAACUUUCUUCAUGCACCUUCUACCGACCUUAGUCGAGAUACCGUUAAGACCCUAAUACAAAUAAUGCUGGCCCAGGGCCAAGAGGUUUUCCUGGAAAAGCAGAUUGCGGAUGGCAAGAAAGUUGGGCUGUUGGCAAAACUUGCCAGCCAGGCAGGCUAUCUCUAUUCCCAGGCUGUCGAGGGCACUCAAGAGAAUGUGAAUAAAGCCAUUUUUGAGAAAGUCUGGUUACUCGUCGUCCAGAUCAAAUCAAAUUAUAUGACAUCUCUGGCUCAGUACUAUCAGGCAUUGGCAGAUGACGCAAAUUCGCACGGCAUUGCAAUUUCACGCCUACAGGUAGCAGAAGCAGCUGUGAAAGAUGCGCACAAGAUGGCCAACAGUUUCCCGGGAAAUGUUCCAGCAAAUUCGAAUUUGGUUGCAGAAACCGGAUCAACUCUGGUCGAGAUUACGAAACGGCACCUUACCAAUGUCCAAGAGAAGCUCUCCGAGCUCGUUAAAGACAAUGAUUAUAUUUACCAUCAAACCAUCCCAGCAGCAGCAACUCUUGCAGUGAUCCCGAAGCUUCCAGCAGCCAAAGCAAUUCCUGUGAGUGAGUUGUAUGCCGGUCAAGAUAUCCAGCGCAUCACGGGACCCGACAUUUUCCAGAAGAUCGUACCAAUAUCCGUGACAGAGUCGGCAAGCUUGUACGAUGAAGAAAAGGCGAAAUUGGUCCGAGCAGAGACAGAGCGUGUGGAGACUGCCAACAGCGAGAUGGCUGCUAGUCUAGAUUAUUUAAGGCUGCCCGGCGCUUUACAAGUACUGAAGGGUGGCUUUGAUCAAGAAUUGACUGCCGAUGAUGAUUUCAGGAGUUGGUGUGAAGCCGUUGCGAGUGGUGAGCCUCCUUCAUUGACCUUUGAUUUUCUGAAAUCGAGCAAAGAUGCCAUUAUUGCGGUAUUGGACAAGAGCAGUAAGCAAUUGGACAUGGAAGAGAGUGUUUGCGAGAAGAUGCGCUCUAAGUACGAAGGAGAAUGGACACAGCAACCUAGCUCAAGGUUGACUUCCACACUGAGAAGCGAUAUCCGGAACUACCGGGAUGCUCUCGAGGAAGCUGCACGCAGUGACGGUCAAUUGUACUCGAAGAUGCGCCAGCACCAGACCGAUUUCGAUGAGAUGAGUCGUGCAGCUGAAUCUGGCGAAGAGGAUGUGCUAUUCCAAAGAGCUCUGAUUCAGUAUGGAGGAAAAUCCAGAAACAAUGGGAGCCCUGCUUCCGGGCAAGGGAAUCUCUUGGACGAAGACUUUCAGGAUGAUGAAUUGAGCGUCAUGGACCAAAUCAAUAAGGUCGAAGAUAUUCUCAAGAAGUUGAAUCUUAUUAAGAGAGAACGGGCUCAGGUUCUGAAAGAUUUGAAAGAGAAGGUCCAUAACGAUGAUAUAUCGCAGGUGCUGAUCCUUAACAAGAAGUCGAUAUCCAGUUAUGAGAACCAGCUCUUCCAAGCAGAACUCGAGAAAUUCCGGCCACAUCAAAGCCGACUUCUCUCAGCAAAUCACAAGCAGUCGUCACUCAUGAAGGAGCUCACAUCUACCUUCAAUGCCUUGUUACAAGACAAGAGAGUCAGAGCGGAGCAAAGCAAGUACGAAAGUAUAACGCGACAACGCUCUGCUGUAAAUUCCAGAUAUAAGAGAAUAUACCAGGAAUACUUGGAUCUUGAGGCGGGCCUCGAAAGUGCGAAAAAAUGGUAUAGCGAGAUGAAAGACACAGUGGAUAGCCUGAAUAAGAAUGUUGAAACAUUCGUGAACAACAGGCGGUCUGAAGGCGCCCAGCUUCUCAGUCAUAUUGAGCAGGAACGAGCAAGUAACGCAAACGGACAAGCUGAUAGGGAACGUGAACGUCUGCGUGGACUUAUGGAGCGGAUGUCAAUGGAUCCUUCUACCUCUCCUUCCGGAAGCAAAUCUCGGACACAGUCACUAUCCUACAAUUCAACGUCACCGUCAGCGCGAUAUCCCUCCACGAACAUUAUCGGCCAAUAUCAAGUGCCGACCUCGCCACCGCCGCAAUCAGCACAACUCCAAUCCGCCCAUCCUGCCUUCGCUGCUCCACAGAAUGGCUCUUAUCAUUCCAACCAGCAGCAAUCAAGGCCCGAUUCUUAUACUGCACAGACUUCCACGUCACAGUCUCAGAAUAGUUACAAUCCCGGCACAUACUCUCAACGAGACGCUUCCCAACAACCUAUGUCGGCGCCACCAACGCAAACGCAGUUCUCACAAAGCCAAUAUGGGCGAGCGCAAGCUACAUCACCCCCACCAACGCAGACAUUUUUCUCCACAAAUCAAUAUGGGCGGCCAUCACAAGCCACAUCACCUCCGCCAUCACAAACCCAAUUUUCUCAGAAUCUUUAUGGGCGACCAUCACAGCCCACAUCACCUCCCCCAAACCAAGCUCAACUCUCCCAACAUCAAUAUGGGAGGCAACAGUCUGGACAGCAGCAAUACAUACCUCAUGGAUACGUCCCUCCCCCACCCCCACCUGGUCCGCCACCUCUUGGUCCGCAGCAAACUUUUCAGCAACCGGGCGUUCCGCCAAUGGCUGGACAUGGCGAGUAUGGGUAUGGAAAUUCUUCACAACGGGGUACACAGCAGCAGAGUUCAAACGAUCCAUGGUCAGGUCUUAGCGCAUGGAAGUAA